AGGAGCAGCCACAGCAAUCACCAGGAAGACCCCGCAGGGGACAUGCAAGCUGGAUGCGUUACCUGGAGCCUCUGCCGCUGCCGGUGCUAUUGUGUCCGCAUCUUAGAUUCCUGCAGCUCCCUUGGGAAUUCUAACACUGGGAGAACUUCUGUCUCCGUCCACCUCCAGCCCGGGCUGAAUGCAAUGACAGAGGUGGAGAAGGGAGGAGCAAUAACUAUACCACCCGCAGCAAGGGAUCAACUUGGCUGACUUAAUCUCUUAUAACCCACGCUCUUCAAACUGACUCGUGAAAGAGAGACCAGGUGGCACACUGUGGCAAGCCGGAGUUUGCGAAAGAUAGGGGUAUCUGAUUACUUCCAUACAGACGAUGAGAAAGGAGUCCAGUGUUAACCUUCAGGUGGCCAGAAUUUCUAUUCCGGCCAUGGAAAAUGGCUUCCUGUGCAUCACCUACCCUAAAGCAGUAUGAGGAACCUGCCAGCCACCUACACUGAGAAGACCUAGGAACUGGAGGUGACGAAGACACAACCAGAUGCUGUUACUGUAUGAUUUGUUCUCUAAGGAGAUGCCUACAUAGAAGAGUGACAGCAGCUGGGCUGAAUGUUUCCCUGCUGAACUGGUUCCUCAGGUAUCCUGGCUCUGGCGAUUGCUAUGGGAGAUUGGAUGACUGUUACAGAUCCAGGUCUGUCUGCAGAAAGCAAAAAUAUCUCUCAAUAUACCUCAGAAACAAAGAUGUCUCCAUCAAGUUUAUACUCACAGCAAGUGCUAUGUUCUUCAAUACCGUUAUCAAAAAAUGUGCACAGUUUUUUUAGUGCCUUCUGCACAGAAGAGAAUAUUGAACAAAGUAUUUCAUAUCUUGAUCAGGUUGCCUCCCCCAUCACCCCAGGGGCUCCUCCAUGAGAAGUCUUCCCCUUAUUUUACUGAUGCGGAAACCUACGUGCCUUCCAGAUCACAGGAGUUGACUACUUUCGGUUUUCCUUCAUUAUAUGAAGAAUCCAAAGGUAAAGAGACAAAGAAACAAUUAAAUAUAGUUGCUGUUUUAAAUUGCAUGAAUGAGCUACUUGUACUUCAGCGGAAGAACCUUCUAGCUCAGGAAAAUGUGGAAACACAGAAUCUGAAACUGGGAAGUGAUAUGGACCAUCUACAGAACUGCUAUGCAAAACUUAAGGAACAACUGGAAACCUCCAGGAGAGAAAUGAUUGGUCUUCAGGAAAGAGACAGGCAGUUACAGUGCAAGAACAGGAAUUUGCAUCAGCUACUGAAAAGUGAGAAAGAUGAGGUGCAGAAAUUACAAAAUAUCAUUGCAAGUCGAGCUACUCAGUAUAAUCAUGAUAUGAAGAGAAAAGAGCGUGAAUAUAAUAAACUAAAGGAACGUCUACAUCAACUUGUUAUGAAUAAGAAGGAUAAAAAAAUAGCUAUGGACGUUUUAAAUUACGUGGGGAGAGCUGAUGGGAAAAGAGGCUCCUGGAGGACGGGUAAAACUGAAGCCAGUUUCUUUCUCAGGAAUGAAGAUGAAAUGUAUAAAAUUCUCUUGAAUGAUUAUGAAUAUCGUCAGAAACAAAUCCUAAUGGAAAAUGCUGAACUUAAGAAGGUUCUUCAGCAAAUGAAAAAGGAAAUGAUUUCUCUUCUUUCUCCCCAAAAGCAGAAACCUAGAGAAAGAGCAGAUGAUAGUACAGGAACUGCUAUCUCUGAUAUUGAAGAAGAUGCUGGGGAGCUGAGUAGAGAGAGUAUGUGGGACCUUUCCUGUGAAACUGUGAGAGAGCAGCUUACCAACAGCAUCAGAAAACAGUGGAGAAUUUUGAAAAGUCAUGUAGAGAAACUUGAUAACCAAGUUUCAAAGGUACACCUAGAAGGUUUUAAUGAUGAAGAUGUAAUCUCACGACAAGACCAUGAACAAGAAACUGAAAAACUCGAGUUAGAAAUUCAGCAGUGUAAAGAAAUGAUUAAAACUCAGCAGCAACUUUUACAGCAGCAGCUCGCUACUGCGUGUGAUGAUGAUACCACUUCGCUACUACGAGACUGUUACUUGUUGGAAGAAAAGGAACGCCUCAAAGAAGAAUGGUCCCUGUUCAAAGAGCAAAAGAAAAAUUUCGAGAAAGAAAGGCGAAGCUUUACAGAAGCGGCUAUUCGCCUAGGAUUGGAGAGAAAGGCAUUUGAAGAAGAGAGAGCCAGUUGGUUAAAGCAACAGUUUUUAAAUAUGACUACUUUUGACCACCAGAACUCAGAAAAUGUGAAACUUUUCAGUGCCUUCUCAGGAAGUUCUGAUCGAGACAACCCUACAGUAUACUUGAGGCCACAGCAAAAGAAGCCUCAUGGUGCGCCUAGUGGGUCUCCAGUUUGCACAUCUAAACUUACUAAAUCUCUUCCUGCGUCUCCUUCUACUUCAGACUUUUGCCAGACACGUUCCUGUGUAUCUGAACAUAGUUCAGUCAAUGUACUGAAUAUAACCCCUGAAGAAACUAGGCCAAAUCAGGUUGGAAGAGAAUGUACGAAUCAGAAGUGGAGUGUGGCAUCAAGGCCUGGAUCACAGGAAGGUUGCUAUAGUGGAUGCUCCUCAACCUACACAAAUUCCCACGUCGAGAAGGAUGACUUACCUUAGACGUGUGAACUGGGAUUUUUUUUUUUUCCAUUAACAUGUUCAUCAGAUUUCACAUCUGAGUUGAAACAGGGUGUGUUAUAAAGUCAAUCAUCUCUAAUAAUUUAAGAUGGUCUGUGUUGUUUGUUUGGACUUCCCUGUUCCUCCCCCAAAGAGCUAAAAUGUUAAAUCUAUUUAAAUGGAUAUAAAAGCUUUGGAUAUGUAUUUUUAGUAACAGAAGCAUCUGGUUCUGUGAAUAAAGGAAUGUAUAGACGUUUGGAUGGAAACAAAGCACUAGAAGGAGUUUCCUCUUAUAGGUAUUAAAAAUAGCACUUUUAGGAAACUGACUAUUGUAAAUGUUUAAUUUUGUCUCAUAUAUAGCUGGCAUUGGAAGUUUAGCCUUUCCUUGAAAGUAUACUGUAGAUUUUUAACAAAGCAAGUUCUAUAUUUAUUAUGUUUAGUGUGAUUUGAAAUAUCCUCUUUCAUAUGUUUUAAAUAAAGUGAAAUUUAUGUA